GGCGUUUUCCUUGCAUAAUUUAUUGACGCAUGCGCCACACAUUGCAAUCAGCUGUCAGAAAGAACAUAAUCACGUAAAAAACAAAAUUAUUUGUGUCUUUAGAUAAUUCCCGUCAAUAUGGCGGGGCAAAAUCCAGGUUCGCCGACUGACUUUCAAUAUUUUUACGAGGAUGAAGUGUAUAAAAUCAACAAUCGCGGUCAAGUGGUCUUCGGUCUGGUACUCGAGAACUAUGAAGCCAACUCCAGCGAUCAAGAGAGCGACAUUGAAACUCCUAUACAAAAAGGCGAAAUUCGCGUUGUCUGGCAUCCUUCCGGCACCGAGCGAGUCAUAUCCGAGAAGUCGGUUGGCCUAGCAGACCGCUCCCUAAUGCCUGGCGACGUAGUUCGUCGUCUCAUUGCUGGCAAGGACACACAGAGAGGCUACUGCAGAGACAUCAUCAUGAACGCAGCCCUGCAGAUAGUGGGCACCAAGCAUGUGAUACCCAGCGUCGCCAGCGAGAGACUCCAGCCAUUGGAGGAGUUUACUCCUGAUUUAGCUGUCUGUCUCGAUUCAUGGGUUGGAACUUCUAAGGCGGUCCAUAGCAAACUCCGGCUCGUGUCAGCGGAGGGCUCCAGGCUAGAGUACCCCGACCUGGAUACGUGUCCGCUGGAGGACUACUCGAUGCGCCGCCGCCGCUCCACUCCAUACUCCUCGUCCGAGUUCUACCCUGGACAGGUGGUGUACGGCCCGCUAGGCUCGCUCGACUCCGCCAACUGGCUCCACAUCACCAAGGAAAUGAAAGCUGCCAGGAAACAUAAGAUGCAUGAUCAUAAGUUCACCGUGGAGGCGGUGAUGACGGAGAGCGUGAGCGUGCACUGGCAGUGUCGCGCGCUGUGCACCAACCCCACCGACCCCACCACGCCGCAGCAACCCAAGUUCCUAGUCGAAGGUGAAGAUCUGAAGAAUCUAAAGCUGCUGAAUGUAUUCGAGCCGUGCACACUGCAGGUCGGUGACAGAAACUUCCUCACCAUCGGCGCUGAAGACACCUUUGUAAGUAAGAAGCAAUGGAGGAAACAACAAAGUAAAUACUACAGGAAUCUCCGUAAGCAAACCAAACCGAUAAAGAAACCUUCGAAAACCGACACCAACUCGACUGACCACGUGCCCUCGCGGCCUAAGAAACGAGCCUCGGCACAUCGGAAACUGAAGUCGAACGAUAACGACAUGGAAGUAGAUCCAGCAGACGACAAGCUAGAAUCUCUCGACGAUGCUCUAAAGAUGGACGCCACCUGCCCCAGCAUCAAGAUCGAGCCUAUAGGAGACGUCUGUCUCCCCAUGGCCAGCUCACAGGAAGACACGGCCACUGAGGAGAAGAAUGAUUCUGGGAUCAGAUGGCACGUCCGCAGUCCUGAGCCCGCGCGGGACGACUCCUCACUGCUCAACGGAGACAGCAAGUCUGAUACCGCGCUCAAUGACGAUGACUCCGACAACUGGGAGAAUACCAGCAGCGAUGGCAGUGAUACUGACAGUGGUGCGACGUGGUCGUCGCGUUGCUCGUCGGCGGCGUCGGGGCGCGGCAAGCGGUCGCCGCAGCUGGCCGUGCGCCUGCUGCGGGGCAAGCGCCUCAAGCGGACCGUGCGCCGCGCGCCGCCCGCGCCGCCGCCGCGCCCCGGCGACCGCGUCGUCGUCGAGACUCUGCACACCACCAGCCGAGCCAAUGUCGUCUGGCAGGACGGCACAAUAGAAAUGGGCAUUCCAUCCACACAACUGUAUCCGAUCCACCACCUAGACGGACAGGAGUGCUUCCCUGGUGACUUCGUUGUCAGCGGAGCAGCUAAUGUCGAGGAGAACCAACAGUUGAAGCACCGCGAGUACGGCGUGGUGCAGCGCGUGGACCACCACGGCCGGACCGCCAUCGUACACUGGUACCGCACCUACACCAGCGCUGACGAACCAGUGCCACAAAUGUUACACGAGAGCGAGGUGAGCGUGUACGACCUGAAAGACCACCCUGACUUCCAGUACCGGCCCGGCACCGUCGUCAUCAGGGUCGCCAAUUUUACAGGGGAGGACGCUAACUGUACAGCUGGACAGGUAAUAGACAACUUCCCGUCUGGGCGCGUCAAAGUAUGGUGGGUGGAUGGACACACUAGUAUGUGUUGGCCACAGGAUUUAUAUAAGGUCGGCGAGUAUGACAGUGAGGAGGGCGAGCUGUGGGGCUCGGAGGGCUCCGGGUCGGAGGACUCCUGGGAGACACAGAGCUCCGCGCACGACCCCGAGCCACGCACGCCCGACGCACUGCCCGCCACGCCGCCCGACCUCGCGCCCGCCGCCGGUACGUAGCGGUCGCAGCGCGCGCGGCGGGCGGGGCCUCGCGUGGCGGCGCACAUCGAGCGCGGCCGCGUCGCCAUGAGGAAACUGGAGGAGAUGUUCGCUAAGCACCCUACAUUACAGAGCCAAGAGAUAAUGCGCAAGCUGUUAAACUUAUACAAAGAUUGCCGAUUUUUAGACCGUCUAAUGGGUACAUCCUUCUUUCAUGAAGACCACUUUUUGGGUCUUCUAGAACGCGUACGCGAGCGUGGCGCAGUAACUCCUCGCGCAGGAGAGCGGCGCGUACACGAACAACUCGCGCGACUGUUCGCGCCCAGUGAGCCCUCGGACACCGCGGCGGCGUCCCCCGCGCCCCCGUCCCCGCCGCCGGACCCCAUGCUGGUGGACGACGACCUGGACCGCCCACUGCAAGCACUACAGACACUACAACCCGACGGCACUCGCGCCAUCAUCACGUCUAACGUCACUGUUGAGCCGAUGCAGAUCGAGUGUAGUGUAUCAAAGAAGCAGCUACAUUUGAACAUAGACACUGCACAGGCGACCGGAUCUGACACGGCUGUAUGUACACAAGAAAUAGCUCUUAAUGAAAAUCCCUCCACGGAGACAGCGGAAGGCGACCCCAGUCUCGGCAAGAACGUCUGCUACAAGCUGUGCUCGCUCAUACACGCACAGCUCAUCAAGGCACACGCUGAAGUCAGCCGGAGAAGGCCGCAAGAGUUGGCCGAUUUCCUUAACAGCUUAGUGAAAAUCGCAUACAACUCUGAGGAGAACUUAGCCUACCACUUUUCAGUUCAGUACGGUGCGCUGGUGGUGAGCAUCACGGAUGAAGAGAAGGCUGACUCAAAGGUGGCUGAGGUCAAGGACGCUACUACCGCGACUGCGCAGAAAAGUGAAGGUCCCGCGGGUUCAGAAACAGCACCCCUAGCGACAGCUGAAGGUACGGAAGAGGCAGAAAUGGAUACAGCCAACCCUGCCGUGUCACUAGAGAACAAGGAAGGAGGCGAGGGUUUCUGCAUACUAGAGUCUGCACCAGCCGCCCAUCGCUUCCGACUCUCCAUGCUGCAGCCGUCUGAACCUAGGACCUUUUACUCAGCUGUGAAGAGAGAAAUUAAACUGCUCAAAAGCGAUCUGCCGCCAGGCGUAUGGGUCCGUGGCUACGAGGACCGUAUCGACCUGCUAUCGGUGAUGAUCGCCGGCCCCACUAAGACGCCCUACGAGGGCGGACUCUUUGUGUUCGACGUACAACUUGGCGGAGAGUACCCGAGGGCGCCGCCAUUAUGUCACUAUCACUCAUACUGUACUGACAGACUCAAUCCUAACCUUUAUGAAGACGGCAAGGUGUGUGUAUCUCUCCUGGGCACAUGGUCAGGGCGUGGUGUAGAGGUGUGGGGCAAGGACAGCUCACUGCUACAGGUCAUAGUGUCGCUUCAAGGACUUAUACUCAACGCGGAGCCCUACUUCAACGAGGCGGGGUAUGAGAAACAGAAAGGUACUCAGCAGGGCAAAGAGAACUCUCGCAUGUACAACGAGAUGGUGCUGCUGAAGCUGGUGCAGUCGAUGACGAAGAUGUUGAUGAACCCGCCCGAGCCAUUCCGCGCCGAGAUCCUGACCCACAUGCGCAGCGCGGCCGGGCCGCUGUGCACGCGCCUGGAGGGGCUGGUGCGGCUGUCGGGCGGCGCGGCCGACGGCGCGGCCGAGGGCGCGGCCGGGGGCGCGGCGGGCAGCGAGGCGGAGGCGGCGGGGGCGGCGCCCGAGUUCCCGCUGGUGCCGGCGUCGCGCGGGUUCUGCCUGACGCUGCGCUCGUCGCUGGAGAGCUUCCGCGUGGCGCUGCGACGGCACGAGAUCAGCGUGCCGCCGCCGUCGUUAUAGCCUCGCGGCCGCCCGCGCCCGGCGCCGGGUGUCCAGUGCCCGGAGUCGAGUGCCACGCUAUGCAUGCGGUAGUCGGGCUAGUUGUUCAUAUUACCUGAUGAUAUGAAUCCGACCGGUCCCUAUAAAAUUAAUGAUAAUCAAAUUCUAAAUGAAAUGUUCGAUCUUAUGCGAAUGGUAUGAUUCUUAGAUUUAUUAAUGCAUAGAUUAAUAUUAUUUAUUUGUUACAAAGUAAUGUCUACUUUUAAUUCAACAUUCGACGUUAUAAUGUUUAGAUUAUGAGUACUUAUUGAAAUUGCAUACUUUUUACGAAGCGAAGCUUAUUGCUGUCAUUCGAAUAUUUGCUACACUAAUAUUAAUAUAAUAUUUUACAAUAAAGACAGAUAACUUAGAUGUACCGUCUAGAACGUUUCGUUCCUGAUUCCAAUAUUGUUUAAUAUUACGGAGCUCCUACGUAUCAGGCUAGGGUGUGCGAGUAUUACGAGUAUCUCAUCGAUGUCUAUUUUAUGUAUGUGUAAUGUUGUAUGUAAAAAUGCAUUCACUCAUUUUUGUGUAAUUAUAGUUUUGUUUUUAUUUUAUUUUUGUUUAAUAUUGCGGGAAAUAUGAUUUGUAUGGUAAAAUGAUGUAGAGUAGUCGUGGUGUUUCGGCGCAGUCCCGGCAGACAGUACAUACUUAGCAUAGUCGGCGGUAGCAGCGAGCUCGACGCGUCUCUUUAGAUGUUCACUAUGUUGUUGUUGUUUUCUCAUGUUACCAGUGUAUCAACAUAAUACAUCAUUACACUAUUAGCUUUAGUGCAUGUAGAUGUUUGGAAUUUCAUUUCCUCACCAAAUCCGAGCGUCACAAAAGUAAUGUCUUACUUACAGUGAUACCCACGUUAUUAGUAUUAAUUUUACAUUUCCCGGAAAUUAAUAUUAACAAUACUAAAAAUUGAAAGUGCUAUAUCCAGUGAUUCACGCUUGUUACUGAGAUAUUUUGGAAAUUAGUUUUAAUUUUCUAUUCAAUCUUGUUUUAGAAAGAAAAUUCUUCCUCGUUAGUGCUUAUAGUAUUAAAACAUACGGCCCACGCCGCGCCGGCGGCAGCACAAAUACAAUGUAACUUCAUGCCAAAGUCAAUUGAGCUAUGGAAGGCUUUUGUCGCUUGUGUACGCGAGAUAAGUGACAACUAUGUAUAAUGAUGAAAAAUAAAUAAUUCUUCAACAUUA